AUUGUAACACAGCCGUGACAGAAACUCCCAAAAGCGAAGAGGGAAAACGAGCGUUCAACUUUCCAACACGAACGGGCGAUCCGCAGCGUUUGCACUGUGGAGGAAGGCAAGGACAAAAACUAAGCGUUAAAAUUUGAAGUUGCUCGGAAAUGUCUUUAAUCCCAGGGGAGGGCAAUGGACGGGGUUGACCAGGAUUAAAUUUCUUUUACAUGGCGGGCGUCAUCCGCGUUGAUUAAUCUGACGCGUCGCGACAAGUUGUUAUGGCAAUUGGAAUUAUCUAAUGUUGUUUUGGGCUUAACGUUUCCGGGAGUACCUUGUAAAAUUCGAUGGAUUUGCCUGCGUCGAAUCGGCAGAGGGCGAAGUUGGAGAGGAGAAAUGCGUUAAAAUACUCAGACUACGAUGCAUCUUCGUCGGCUCCUCUGUCGGCACCGCAGUCCCCUGCGCACAGAAGUAUGCACCAGAGACUGGGAGGCGACCUCCACCCAUCCAGCAUCAGCCUUGAUUCCUUCAGAGUUCAAGGAGAGGACGGCCUCCAGAGAAUUGAACAAAUUUGCAAGAGUUUAGGGCUUUCUGGCCCCGAUGACCUGUCCAUAACCAUCGAGGAGUUUCGGGCCAGAAAGGCAAAGCCAAGACCUAAAAUUGAACAUAAGUCUCCUCUAUUUUCACCGGAAGAGAAACCUUUGUCGGUUUCGAUUUCUCGUUCCCAGGCUCCCUCUGUUUCAGAUACCGCUACUUUUAAUGGACGAAGAAGCAGGUCGGAUAACGACCGGGAUGCCGCGGUUUCUACCCAGGCUUUGGCACCCCCGCCUCCUAGGGCUUGGAUGGUUGGGUCUCAGAACAAGUCUCCUUCAACUUGGGACAUUGUGAAGUCGUUCGGUCCGGAGGAGGAAGCGCAACUUCCCGUUGAGGCGGCGGCGGAGGAGGAGGAAGGAGAUGUUGAGGAUGACAGAGGAGAGGCUGAGGCCAGCAUAGGAGAGGCUGAGGCCGGGAGCUCGUCUAGUGGAGAGGAGACCGUGUGUGUGGUUUCGGCGGGAGCGAGGUUCAAGGUUCAAUUCCGGUCGUGGAUAAAGGGUCAUGUGCUCGGAAGCGGGUCCUUUGGCACCGUUUACGAGGGCAUUAGCGAUGAUGGAUACUUUUUUGCAGUUAAGGAAGUUUCUCUUGUAGACCAAGGUAGCAAUGCAAAACAAUCCAUUUCUCAACUUGAGCAGGAGGUUGCUCUUCUAAGUCAAUUUGAACAUGAAAAUAUUGUGCAGUACCUUGGUACUGAUAAGGAAGCAGACAAAUUAUACAUUUUCCUUGAGCUGGUAACACAGGGAUCACUAGCAUCACUUUACAGAAAAUACAAUUUAAGAGAUACCCAAGUUCGUGCAUACACAAGACAAAUACUAACUGGAUUAAAGUACCUUCAUGAGAAAAAUGUGAUGCACAGAGACAUCAAGUGCGCUAAUAUACUAGUUGAUGCCCAUGGCCUAAUAAAGCUUGCUGAUUUUGGGUUGGCCAAAGAGACAUCCAAGCUGGAUGAACUGAAAUCAUGUAAAGGAAGUGCAUAUUGGAUGGCUCCCGAGGUUGUUAAUCCACGUAAAACUUAUUGGCUUCCUGCUGACAUAUGGAGCUUAGGCUGUACAGUUAUUGAGAUGCUAACUCGAAGACCUCCUUUUGGUGGUUUAGAAUGGCAAAAAGCUUUGUGGAAAAUUGGACAUGGUGAACCACCACCUUUUCCUAGUACACUCUCUAGAGAUGCUAAAGACUUUAUACAACAAUGUUUACAAGUGGAGCCUGCGAAUAGACCAUCCGCAAGUGAGCUCCUGGAUCAUCCUUUUGUGAAACGAUCAUUUUCAGUGGAGAUUUCCCGUGCACAGAGAAAUCUGGUUUGAUGAGUUCGAAAUCCACUAAAGAACGCAGUUGUUGAUUUAAGAGCCCAAAGAAAAGCCUACUUACUCAGCAUGGCAGUUGCUGGAUAUGGAGUCAGUAGUAACAGUUCCAGUAUUGCAAGUGGCUUGUGGGGGCAAUAUAAUAACUGCAAUUGUAUUCAUAGGUGAUUGGAGCCAGCAGAUGUUCCAUAUCCUCAAAUAUAUUGUGACAUUGAUGUGACCAAAGCUUAUAUCAUCUGUUUGGGGAAUGGUCCGGCGUGCAUUUUAUUACUGAUAAGAAGUGGCUUUUGGUGCUUGAUUGUUAGAUAUCUGUCACAUAUUCCAGGUGGUGUGCUAAAAGGCUGUAGUGCAUCCAUAAUUUUUUUGUGGAGAUUUGAAGGAUCGGGGAUUGUUAUGUAGCAUAAUCAAUGUAAUAAUCUGACAAUCUUAAACUGGCAGAACCUGCCAAGGCUUAACAACCUGAAUUAGCACCAAAAUCAGCUAUUGUACAUAAAUGGAGAUGUCUUACUGCUGUCAAUCCACAUUUGGAUUUCAAAUGGCAUGCAAUGAUUGAUCUCUAAUGAGAGAAAUUUUGUACUGUAUAAUUAUCCAUCUUGUUAAAACAUAUAGGAGUGUGGAGAUUCUCCUUGUUUCAAUGAAGUUUGCUACUUUCCAGUUUUGUUUGUUUAUACACAGGUAAUAGGAUGAUGUUACAGCUUUGCAGGUCAGGAGUUUUAGUCAAAGACUGCUCAUUGUUUCACUUAAGAGUUGUUCAGACUCUUAAUUUUCAAGUAUGGCUUUUUCCAUUGCUGUUCA